UCUCUGACACACACACACACACACACACAAAAUGCACUGACACUUGCGCUGCCAUUCUGUAUGUGUGUUGAAAUAGAAAGUGAGGGAGCAAGGGGAGAGAGAGAGAGAGAGAGGGAGUGAGUGAGUGAGUGUGUGUGUGGGGCGAGCGUGCGCAUAUGCUCGUGCGUGCACGCGCGCGUGUGCAGCUACACUACAGCGGAGACGGAGGGGGAAAGGGAAUAAGAAAAUUUGAGGUAGCCGCCAUAUGCUGAGGAUUUGGUGAAUGUUUCGUUGAAGAGGUUAUUCGUUUUGGACCUUACACGAUGGGGAGCUCACACUUGCUGAACAAAGGCCUGCCUUUAGGCAUCAGGCCUCCUAUAAUGAACGGGCCCAUGCACCCUCGUCCUCUGGUGGCGCUGCUGGACGGCCGGGACUGCACGGUGGAGAUGCCCAUCCUGAAAGACGUGGCCACCGUGGCCUUUUGCGACGCUCAGUCCACCCAGGAGAUCCACGAGAAGGUACUGAACGAGGCCGUCGGGGCUCUCAUGUACCACACCAUCACACUCAUGCGUGAGGAUCUGGAGAAAUUCAAAGCACUUCGAAUCAUUGUCCGCAUCGGCAGCGGUUUCGACAAUAUCGACAUCAAAUCAGCAGGAGAAUUGGGUAUAGCUGUGUGUAACAUGCCCUCAGCCUCAGUGGAAGAGACAGCCGAUUCGACGCUGUGUCACAUUCUCAAUCUCUACAGACGCACCACCUGGCUCCACCAGGCUCUCCGUGAGGGCACGCGGGUCCAGAGCGUGGAGCAAAUCCGCGAGGUCGCAUCUGGAGCUGCUCGCAUCCGAGGGGAGACUCUGGGGAUCAUUGGUCUUGGGCGUGUUGGUCAGGCUGUAGCUCUGAGAGCUAAAGCGUUUGGCUUUAAUGUGAUCUUCUACGACCCGUACCUGUCUGACGGCAUGGAGCGAGCGCUGGGACUGCAGAGAGUAAACACACUACAAGACCUACUGUUCCACUCCGACUGCGUCACACUUCACUGCAGCCUGAACGAACACAACCACCACCUCAUCAAUGACUUCACUAUCAAACAGAUGCGUCAGGGUGCGUUCCUGGUGAACACUGCGCGAGGGGGACUGGUGGAUGAGAAAGCUCUGGCUCAGGCACUGAAAGAGGGAAGAAUACGUGGCGCAGCUCUCGACGUCCACGAGACGGAGCCAUUUAGUUUCAGCCAAGGCCCUCUGAAAGAUGCCCCUAAUCUGAUCUGCACUCCUCACGCUGCCUGGUACAGCGAGCAGGCCUCCAUCGAGAUGAGAGAGGAAGCAGCUCGGGAGAUCCGUAGGGCCAUUACCGGUCGUAUUCCAGACAGCCUGAAGAACUGUGUGAAUAAGGAAUUUCUCACACAGACCACCCACUGGGCAGGCAUGGACCCUGCUAUCCACCCGGAGCUGAACGGAGCCUACAGGUAUCCUCCAGGUGUGGUGAGCCUGCCGUCCGGUGGACUCCCGCCGCCGGUGGAGGGCAUCGUGCCGAGCGCCGUGCCGAUCAGCCACAGCCUUCCCCCUGUAGCACACCCGCCCCACGCGCCGUCUCCAGGCCAGACGGGCAAAGCCGAGCCCGACCGAGAGCAGCACCCUAACGAGCAGUUGUAGCCACACACCCCUGAGAUUCCAUCUAGAGUUUUCCAUACCACUAGAGAACUCACCUGGUCCUUCUUUACCCCAAAGAAGAGGAGCACCACAGGCUCGAAACCAGCUAAGAAAAAAAAAACACACACAACAACCCAUGACUGUCUGAAGUAGCCUACUGUUUGAACUGAAGGUGGUGGAUCGUGCUCUCUCUCUCUCUCUCUCUCUCUCUCUCACACACUUAUUUUUUUCUUUUUUUUCCUUUUUUUCUUUUUAUUAUUUUUCAAUUUUUUAUUUUUUUUUUUGAUGUGGAAAAAAAAUAUCUUGUGGAUUUGGAACAAAAAAAAAAAAAAAAAAUCCCAACUCCCUAAAACAAAUCCUGCUGGUUUAGAUCGUAGUCCGUCUAAGUGCAGUGGGCGAUUUUUUUAUUUAAACAUUUUUGUUUUUUUUUUGUGUGCGAUGGGUUUCAUUGUUAAAACAGCCGUAGUUCUGAAUGUAACCUGUUUGUGUACAGUUUUUAGGAUAAGAUCAGUGGUUUAUAGAAAAGAAUAAAAAAAAAAAGAAAAACAGCGUAAAGGGAGGUAACCAUCAACUAAUAGAUUUUUUUUUUUAUUAUUAUUAUUGUUGUUUUUAUUUUUUUUUUGUGUUUUGGUAUGAAAAAAAAAAAAAGCCCCGAAAGAGGCCUGUUUUGCACACCCUCUCAGGAAAAUUAUUUUUCCCCUGUCCCUCCCUUCCUUUGGAAUUAAACCACAUAGUGCAUCUUUUUUAUUUUUUAUUUUUAUUUUUUUUUGUAUCCAUGUGUCUUUUUGUAGUCUAAUUUAGCACAAUACUUUCAAAAAGUAUAUUGAGUGUGUGUGUGUGUUUUUUUUUUUUUUUUAUUAUUAUUAUUAUUAUUUUCGGUUCCUGUUUGUUAACUUAGCAUGUACUACCUUAUGUGUUAAAGGUAAAAAAAAAACAAAAAUUGUCCUGUUUUGACGGAAAAGAAAAAAAAAAACAGUUUGUCUUGUGAAAAGCUGGCGUCAUGCUUGCCUGUUUCUGUGUGACUUGACCGUACCGUGUUUUAACGAGGCAGCUCCGGGCUGCCGGGGUAGUUGCAGCGCUCCAUUGCCUACAUAGUUUCCUUCCUGAUUAAAGUGGUAGGCUAGCAAUAUACAUACUAUAUAUACUAUGAGAUAUCAUUAUUUUUUUGUUAAACAGAAUUCAAAAAAAGGAAAAAAAAAAAAAAGAAAUGUUUGUGACUGUAUGCAUUUGUAUGAAUUAUUUUAAAUGAAAUAAAAGUCCAAAUUUAAUGA